AUAAAAUUAAUGCAAUUCAGUAAUGCAAUUCACCAAAUAAAAUCACACCAAUCAAUCAAUAAAAUUAAUGCUCAAUCGCAGCAUUAUCAGACACCGAUUUCGAUCAUUUCUUCACCAUCCAUUCACACAAUUAAACCCUAAAAAACCCCUAAUUUUAACAAACCCCACAUCAUUAAUUUCAUCCCAACCCCUUCCUUUAGAAGAUCCCGCAAUCGUUUCUCCAAAGAUCCCACCUUUUUUUGAAAAAGAUUUGACCCAUUUGGGUUUGAGUUGUAGUCGGGCCGAUGAAGUUAUCGGGUAUUUGAGAACGAGUGACCCGGAUUCUGCUGUCGAGUUGUUGAAGAAUGAGUAUGGGUUUCGGCAUUCGAAAGCUUGUUACUUUGUUGUUGCUCAUGUUUUGGCUGGUCAACGACGGUUGAAGUUGUUGCGGUCGAUUUUUCUGCAAAUGCUUCAGGAAGAAGGCUCUGGCUCUGGGCCAUCUCUUUGCGAGUUUCUGUCCAUGAAUUUCAAGGGUUGGGAGGCGAAUGAAAUCGUUUGGGACAUGCUGGCAUUUGGUUACUCUAGAUCUGAGAUGGUUUACGAUGCCCUUUUUGUUAUAGCAAAGAUGAAAGAUUUAAAUUUUCAACCUUCGAUAUUAACGUACAACAGCUUAUUAUACAAUUUAAGGCACUCUGGUAUUAUGUGGGAUGUGUACAAUGAUAUCAAGGAAAGUGGAAUCCAUGAAAGCAAACAAACAAAUUCCAUUCUAAUCGAUGGUUUGUGUAAGCAGUCUAUGAUCCAAGAAGCAGUUACCCGUCUUCAUGGAACUGAUCAGGUUGCGUCAUUUAAUACCAUCAUGUCGAGUUUCUCUAAAAUGGGAUUUGUAGAUAUUGCUCAAUCCAUUUUCUGUUUGAUGUUGAAAUUUGGAGUACAUCCCGAUGCAUAUAGCUAUAAUAUUCUUAUUAAUGGUUUGUGUUUAGCGGGUUCUAUUGAAGAUGCAUUGAAGUUAACAUUUGACAUGGACAAACAUGGAAUCAAGCCUGAUACAGUAACAUACAACACAAUCUCUAAAGGUUUUCGUGUACUUGGUAUGAUUAAUGGGGCAUUAGAUUCAAUUCAGAAGAUGCUUAUAAAAGGCUUGAAUCCUGAUAGUAUCACAUAUACGUUACUGAUAUGUGGGAAUUGCCAGGCUGGCAAAGUGGAUGAAAGCCUCCGUUUGCGGGACGAGAUGAUUUCUCGUGGGUAUCAGUUAAAUUAUAUCUCCUAUAGUGUUUUGGUUAGCAGUUUAUGCACGAGUGAGCGUGUAGACGAAGCUUUAUUAUUGCUUUAUGAGAUGGAAAUAGUUGGUUUAAAAUCUGAUGAUGUUGUUUAUUCUAUCAUCAUUCAUGGUCUCUGCAAACAAGGCAACAUACAAAAGGCAAUUCAACUAUACACGGAAUUGUGCAGCAAGAAAAUCUUUCCGAUUAUUUUUACUCACCGAGCGAUUUUGUUGGGUCUUUGUGAGAACCAAACACUAUCGGAGGCAAGGACGUAUUUUGAUAUGCUAACUAGCAGUGAUGAGAGUCCAGAUAUUGUUCUUUACAAUAUUAUGAUCAACAAGUAUGCAAAACUCGGGAUGACAUUUGAAAGUGUAGAGUUAUUUAAUCAGAUCAAAGAUAAAGGGAUCGAUCCAACGGUUGUCACAUUUAAUUCUUUAAUAUACGGGUUCUACAAAGCUAGACAACUAACCGAGGCCAAGAGGUCAUUUGAUAACAUUAGGGAUCAUGGAUUAGCUCCUACCGUUAUAACAUACACUACUCUUAUGAAUUUCUUAUGUGAAGAGGGAAAGAUAAAAUCAAUGUUUGCGUUGAAGGAGGAAAUGGAAGCUAGUGGUAUAGAACCAACACAUGUCACAUAUACUGUAAUUAUAAAGGGUCUUUGUAAGCAAUGGAAUCUUCAAAAAGCAAUGCUAGAACUUGAUAGCAUGUUUUCAAAGGGUUUGUAUCCUGAUGUAGUUUUAUACAAUAUCCUCAUUCAACGUUUCUGCAAAGCACGUAAAUUUACACAAGUGUUUGAAUUACAUGAUGAAAUGGUAUCGCGUGAUUUGAAGCCUGAUGCAGUUACAUAUAAUAUUCUUAUUAAUGGUUUAUGUGUAUAUGGUGAUGUACAGGAUGCUGAUAAGCUGUAUUUAUAUCUGCGGGAGCAUAAUUUUGUAUUAAAGAAAACUGCUUAUACAAUACUUAUAAAAGCACAUUGUGUAAAGGGUGAUGCAACUCGAGCAAUGGCCGUGUUUUCUGAUAUGGUCACGAUGGGAUUCCAAGUAACAAUCAGAGACUACAGUGCUUUUAUUAAUAGAUUGUGCAAAAGAUCUUUAACAAACGAAGCAAAGGUUUUUUUCAGUAUGAUGCUUUUUGAUGGCAUUCUUCCUGACCGUGAUAUUUAUACAGUGAUGAUGAAAGAUCUUGCUUAUAAAGGGUUACUGCCCUUGGUGAUUUAUUGGCAAAAAUACCAAUCAAGCUGGCAAAUGGACGAAGGUUUAUAUGGACUGCUAAUGUACAAGGGGUUUGCUAAUGAACAGAAGUGGUCAAGGAGGUGCCAUGGUAGUUCAGGACUUCAGGCGACUCUACAUAUUGGUGAAGUCAUUGAGCAUGAGGAGAGAAGAAAAGAGGAAAGAUGGAAAUCACUGAACCCUAGGAAUAUAGACACCGAAAGCGAACAAACAAACAACUGUUUUGAGAAUGAUGGAAAUCAAUGACCUGUGGGGUAUGAUGUCUUCUUCCAAAUGAGUUAACCCUUACAACUUCACCAAAAGAAGUUUUGCCAGUAUUGAGAUUUUGUUGAAAAGAUGACGGGGUGAAGAUAGAAGAAUGUUGCCAAUGUUGCCAGAAAAUUCUUUGUAUCAUUCUCCCAGUAGAAGGAGAAGAGACAGAGCCAAAGAAAUGUUGAUUUAGAUAGUAUGAUACUUAAGAGAUGUAUAGUUUCAAAAGAACAAGAAAGAGAUGUGUAGUAGUGUGAUACUUAAAGAGAUGUAUAGUUUGAAAAGAACAAGAAAGAGAUGUGUAGUACUGAUUACUGAACUAUGAUUAUCUAAUUGGUGAAAAAUGUAUAUUUCGAAGUAUA